GAAACCUUUGUUAUUCCUCUAAUAGGAAGACUUUUGGGAUUCUCAUAUAGCCAAAUCUUGUAUAUAGGCAGCGAGAAAGAAGUCCAAGGUGAAGAGAUCUUGUCUGUACUUGUAGCCAUUGUAUUCACACAAGCCAACCCAUUUGCAGGAGGGAAUGGCCAGGGGCAAAGGAGAGGAGGGAUCCGUAAAUUACGGUCAGGGAGGAUACCACCCUGUGGAUAUAGGUGAUCUCUUCAAUAAUGAGCGCUAUGUGGUACAAUCCAAGCUGGGCUGGGGCACUUACUCCACUGUUUGGCUUGCCUGGGACACCCAACUCAACAAAUAUGUGGCCCUCAAGAUAUCAAGGAGCAAAGAUAAUUUUACAGAAACGGCCCUCAAUGAGAUUAGAACCCUGAAAGUAGUAGCACAGGCUGAUCCAGAGGACAAGGAAUGUAUAAUUAAAUUGCUUGAUGAUUUCAUACACACUGGACCAAAUGGGAAUCAUGUCUGUUUGGUUCUUGAGCUUUUAGGAGACAAUUUAAGGACACUUCUCAAACAUUAUAGUGGGAAGGGCAUUCCAUUGCACAUGGUAAAGGAAAUCUGUUUUCAUAUCUUGCGAGGACUUGACUUCUUGCAUGGGAAACUUUCAAUUCUUCACACAGAUCUCAAACCGGAAAACAUUCUUUUGCCAUCCACCAUUGACCCCGAAAAAGAUCCAAAGAAUCUUGGUGUCCCACUUAUACCUUCUUCUAACAAAGGUAAAUCCCCCAUUGCUACAAGCUCAUCUUCUGGAUCAAAUAUUUGCAAGACGGGAAAUCAGCAGAUGGGAUUGAAACAUAAGGGCAAAUUAGUAGCUCAAGAUUGUGGGAUUGCAGCAAAGGAUAAAGAGGAGAAGCUGGGUGUAGAAGCCCGAGCUGUGCAAACAAGGACAUGGAGCAGUAAAACAAGCUUGUCUGGGGCCUGGGAAGGAAACCUUGCACAGAAAAUUAGAGAAGUCGGUAUUAACAGCCCUUCUGAGAAGCAGAGUUCAAUGGCGUCCCUUGAUCUUAAGUGCAAGAUAGCAGAUAUGGGUAAUGCCCUCCACCUCCCUAUUAAUUUAAUGGGUCCUAUUCAAACAUUUCGUUACAAGUGUCCAGAGACCCUUCUGGGAUCUCCAUUCUCUACUCCAGCAGAUAUAUGGUCUGUUGGAUGCAUUGCCUUUGAACUUGCCACAGGCCAUUUCUUGUUUAAUCCUCGAGCGGAGAACGAUCAAGAGAGGGUUGUAAAUCACCUGGGCUUAAUGAUUGAACUCCUUGGUGCAAUGCCCAUUGGAGUUGCUCGGGGUGGCAAGGUUUCUAGAGAUUUAUUCGACAAGAAGGGUAAUCUAGAAGGCUAUAUAUUGAAGUCUGGAAAUACAUUGAUCAAUCUGCUUCGAGAUAAAUUUGGGUUUGCCAAAAAGGAUGCAGAUGAUUUCAGGGAUUUUCUAGUUCCUCUCUUACAUUUUGUACCGAAAAAGCGACCCACUGCAAUGCAAGCCCUUCUUCACCCCUGGCUUGAUGCUGGGCCCCGCCUUCUUCAACCAUCAUCAUCCGCAGCCCAAACUCAGCAAAGUGAUGAGGUUAUUCCAGUUGACAAGACAACAGUUGAGUCAGAAAGAAUAUGAUUACAUGAAGAAAAUGUUGCCAUUUCAUGUCAACCUGUCAAAGUGACGUAUCUGGAUAAAUCAAGAAAUGGUGUAACAAUCUGUGAAGCAAGAAGCCGUGAGUACUAUUUUUCCCCUGUUUUCUGUGAAAUCUAUGUCAUACAAGACGAAGGUAUGAACAAAGAUUCUUGGAUUACUGUAUUCAAAGUAUAAGAAUCUGUGAUUGGAAAUAUGAAUUUGUGUCCUGUUUUCUGUGAAA